AUGAUGUACGUCGUCACGCUUCUUCGCUCCCCGCUCCUAGUACGCUUCCCUCAUUACACCACCUGCUGCCCUCCCUGCUGCCCGCUUUGCUGUCGUCUCUGUUGCUCGUUCACCCCUCUCCUCUUCCUCCCCACUUUGCUUCCUCGCUUCUCCCCUUUCCCCAGCCUUCGCUCCCCUCCCUGGCAACUGUCUGAUGGGGGUCGCUCGGGACUUAGACGCCACAGGCCGUACAAAUUGCCCUCUCUUCUACCUCCUGUCAACGUGUCCUUCGCAUUCUCCCCUUCCCCAGCCCUCCCUCCCCGCACUGGCAGUGUGUCUGGUGGGGGGCGCGCGGGACUUAGACGCCACAGGUCCCACCAUCAUGCAUCACCUGCUGCCCUGCUGCCCUCAACCCACAUCCCCUUUCACCCUUCUCCACGGCUUUCCACCCUUCCCCAGCCCUCCCUCCCCGCCCUGGCAGUGUGUCUGGUGGGCGGCGCGCGGGACUUAGACGCCACGGGCCCCACCAUCGCACACCCCCUUGCUGCCCUCGCUGCUGCUCUCAAUCCACAUCCCCUUCCAUCUCUCUCCACUCCUUUCCACCCUUCCCCAGCCCUCCCUCCCCGCCCUAGCAGUGUGUCUGGUGGGGGGCGCGCGGGACUUAGACGCCACAGGUCCCACCAUCAUGCAUCACCUGCUGCCCUCCCUGCUGCCCUCCCUGCUGCCCUCCCUGCUGCCCUCCCUGCUGCCCUCCCUGCUGCUCUCGCUGCUGCUCCUUCAUCCCUCACCUCUCCCUCUCCACUUGCUGUCCCAAUUCUCCCCUUCUUUCUUCCAUUUCCCAGCCCUCCCUCCCCUCCCCGGCAGUGCCCCACCAUCGCACACCCCCUUGCUGCCGUCGCUGCUGCUCUCAACCGACAUCCCCUUCCAUCUCUCCCCACUCCGUUCCCCCCCUCCCGCUCUUCCCCCCCCGCAUUAUCCUUUCCCCAGCCCUCCCUUCCCUCCUUGGCAGUGUGUCUGCCCUCCCUCCCCGCCCUAGCAGUGUGUCUGGUGGGGGGCGCGCGGGACUUAGACGCCACAGGGCCCACCAUCACACACCACCUGCUGCCCUCCCUGCUGCCAUUCGACCUCUUCAUCCACGCACCGUUGGAUGAAAACGCUGCGAAGAUCUCAGCCCUUGCUCGCGCACAUGCCAUGCACGGGGAUCAUGCUACAACCAGCAGCAGCAGCAGCAGCAGCAGCAGCAGCAGCAGCACGGACAGAAGGGAUGACAGCAGCAGAAGUGACAAUAACGAGCAGCAGGGCGCAGCAGGGAAAAUGGCUGGUGCUAUAAAGGGAGUGCGGGUGUUCCCAGUUGUGCCUGUAGACGCAUCACUCUAUCCCGGGUCUAUUAUCAUCCUCCCCUGGGGAUCUCCGAACGGGGUUCAGGGGAUUCUGCAGUAUUUCAGGUUGAUUGAGGGCUGUUUGCCGCUCAUAGAACGUGAGGAAAAUACAAACCGCGCCGGCCAGCCGUACCGGUGGGUGCUGCGCACGCGGCUUGAUGGUUAUUGGUCGGCGCCGGCGCCCCCGCUUUCGUCCUUCAUUGGCUGGACGGGAAAGGGGGCGGAGAGGAGGGAAGGGGGAGCAGGAGGAGGAGUAGCAGAGGGGAAAGAGGGCGAAAGCAUGGGGGAGAGGGCGGCAUACGUUGUCCCAUAUGGGUCGAACUGGGGCGGCGUGAAUGACCGGUUUGGAUUUGGGAGGAGGGAGGAGAGUGUGGUGGCGCUGUCACGACUGGCGAUGCUGGAUGAAGUCAACAGAUACAGGCAGCGGAUUGGCGUCAAACGGCAGAUGAACAGCGAGAUAACCUUCAAGCUGCAGCUCAAGUCGCGGGACAUAUCAGUGCAGCCUGCCAGCCUGCCCUUCUGUGUGCUCUCCCGGAGGGCCUUCCCUGACGCCUGCAGCAGCAUCACCGUCUCCAUCAACGCGUCUGUGCCUCUGAACGGAGCCAAGUGCCAGCCCUGCCACCCCUGCGCUGAGGGGAAAGAGGUAGAAGCCAUUCUGAAUGUCACGUCACCAUCAUCUGACAAGUGGUUGGGUCCCGUCCAAUCAGGAGUCGCCUUCUGUCCGGGUGGGAAGGGGAAAGGGAAGGGGCGGUCGAGCACGGAUGGAUCGUGGCCGUCGGAUUGGGAGGAGAUUUUCCGACGAACGGUGGGAGAUGAGCUGGCAGCGAGGCAGAGAAGGAUCAGAAGGAGAGUGGGGGAAAUUGACACAUGCACUCGGUUCCUGGAAAAGAUGAGAGCGACUGUAUCCAACUGGGACGCCCCCUCGCCUCUCGCCCUCUGCGUCCGCUCUGCUCUUGGUGCUCCCACUGUGCUCGGCGUCCCACACGACUCCUUCCCACUCUUCUCCCCUCUGCUCUCCCCCACAAGUCGCAUCCUUCACUUGAAAUACACGGCGCUGCAAGCAGGAUCGUCGACAGGGAAAGCCGGAGCAGGAGGAGCAGUGGGAGCAGCGGGAGGAGCAGAGGGGGGAGCGGAGGGAGAGCAAGCACAAGACGGGCAAUCGUGGGAAGAAGCAGUGGAGAAGACACAGCCAGGAGUGCGGGUGACCAGAGCAUCGUUUGCUGACCUGCAAUUGGCUGCUGACUGGCAGGAGAUUGUUCCUGUAUUGAAG